AUGACAUCAGAAGCUUGCUUAUCCCAUCAGAUCAGUUCACCUUCAGGACACCAAAUAUGGCUCCAGCUGAUGUGGGUGUUGCUGGUGGGUAUCGGGCCAGGCUCCUGGGCCCAGCAGGGCACCCAGCCCCAGUCCAUCAAAAUCGAGGGUGACAUCACCUUAGGGGGGCUGUUCCCUGUGCAUUCCCGGGGUCCUGCUGGGGUGCCCUGCGGUGAUGUCAAGAGAGAAAAGGGGAUCCAUCGUUUGGAGGCCAUGCUGUACGCCUUGGACCAGAUAAACAGUGACCCGGACCUGCUGCCUAACAUCACUCUGGGAGCCCGGAUCCUUGACACCUGCUCCAGAGACACCUACGCCCUGGAACAGUCGCUUACCUUUGUGCAGGCCCUCAUUCAGAAGGACACAUCAGAUGUGCGCUGCUCAAACGGAGAGCCUCCCAUCAUCCCAAAACCUGAGCGAGUGGUUGGAGUGAUCGGGGCAUCUGGCAGCUCGGUGUCCAUCAUGGUGGCCAACGUGCUCAGAUUGUUUUCUAUCCCCCAGAUCAGCUAUGCCUCCACUGCCCCAGAGCUGAGCGACAAAAGCCGCUAUGAGUUCUUCUCCCGCGUGGUGCCUCCGGACUCCUACCAAGCGCAAGCCAUGGUGGACAUCGUCAAAGCCAUGGGCUGGAACUAUGUCUCCACCUUGGCCUCAGAGGGCAACUAUGGAGAGAGUGGUGUGGAUGCCUUCCUCCAGAUAUCCCGUGAAGCAGGUGGGCUGUGUAUUGCACAGUCCAUAAAGAUUCCCAGAGAGCCCAGACCAGGAGAGUUUGAGAAGAUCAUCAAGAGACUCAUGGAGACCUCUAACGCUCGUGGGGUCAUCAUCUUUGCCAACGAGGAUGACAUCAAACGGGUGUUGCAGGCGGCCAAAACGGCCAACCUGACAGGCCACUUCCUGUUUGUUGGCUCGGACAGCUGGGGGGCCAAAAACUCCCCCAUUCAAGACCAGGAGGAGGUGGCUGAAGGCGCUGUCACCAUCCUGCCCAAAAGAGCAUCCAUUGAUGCGUUCGACCAGUACUUCAUGUCAAGAUCCUUAGAAAACAACAGAAGAAACAUCUGGUUUGCAGAAUUCUGGGAGGAUGACUUCAAGUGCAAAUUGACACGCCCUGGUAUUAAGUAUGAACUUGGCAGAAGAAAAUGUACAGGAGAGGAAAGAAUCAGUCAGGACUCUCAGUACGAGCAAGAGGGCAAGGUACAGUUUGUGAUAGAUGCUGUGUAUGCUAUGGCCCAUGCCUUACACAGCAUGCACCUGGACUUAUGUCCUGGCUCCAUGGGUGUCUGUGAGAAGAUGGACCCUGUGGAGGGACAGAUGCUCCUCCAAUACAUUCGCUCUGUCAACUUUAACGGCAGUGCAGGAACUGGAGUGAUGUUUAAUGAGAACGGAGACGCUCCUGGUCGUUAUGACAUCUUCCAGUACCAACUAUCAAACGUCACCAACCCUGGCUACAGGGUCAUCGGCCAGUGGACAAACCACCUCCGAAUCGAUCCUGAUGACAUGCAGUGGUCAGGUGGUGACCGUAAGGUCCCAGAGUCAGUGUGCAGUUUCCCCUGUGAGUCUGGAGAGAGGAAAAAGAUGGUAAAAGGUGUACCCUGCUGCUGGCACUGCGAGCUCUGUGAUGGCUACCAGUACCUCCUGGAUGAGUUCUCCUGUGACAUGUGCCCCUUCGACAUGAGGCCGUUUAAGAAUCGCACAGGCUGUCGGCCCACACCUAUCAUUAAGCUGGAGUGGAGCUCCCCCUGGGCCAUCAUUCCUGUCUUCAUUGCAAUCCUGGGCAUCCUGGCGACCACUGGAGUCAUUGUCACCUUCAUCCGCUUUAACGACACGCCUAUUGUUCGAGCGUCAGGCAGGGAGCUCAGCUAUGUGUUGCUGACGGGCAUCUUCCUCAUCUACCUCAUUACCUUCCUUAUGAUAGCAGAGCCCAGUGUGGCUGUGUGCGCCUUCAGGAGGCUGCUGCUGGGGCUUGGCAUGAGCAUCAGCUACUCUGCCAUGCUCACCAAGACCAACCGCAUCUACCGCAUCUUCGAACAGGGCAAGAAGUCGGUCACGCCCCCAAAGUUCAUCAGUCCGACCUCUCAGCUUAUAAUCACUUUUAUACUCAUCGCAGUGCAGGUUCUGGGAGUGUUCAUCUGGUUUGGGGUCAUGCCCCCCCACACCAUCAUUGACUAUGAGGAGCAAAAGCCUCCAAACCCAGAGUUUGCCCGUGGACUCCUUAAGUGUGACAUGUCCGAUCUGUCACUCAUAUUUUGUCUGAGCUACAGUAUUGUUCUGAUGAUCACCUGCACCGUGUAUGCCAUCAAGAGCAGAGGAGUUCCUGAGAACUUCAACGAGGCCAAACCCAUCGGUUUCACCAUGUACACCACCUGCAUCAUCUGGCUUGCUUUUGUACCAAUCUUCUUUGGCACAGCUCAGUCAACUGAGAAGAUGUUCAUUCAAACCACCACCCUGACCGUGUCUAUGAGCCUGAGUGCUACGGUGUCCCUGGGCAUGCUCUACAUCCCCAAGGUCUAUGUCAUCAUCUUCCACCCUGAGCAGAACGUCCAGAAGAGAAAGCGCAGUUUCAAAUCCGUGGCUCAGGCAGCCACUGUGUCCACACAUCUGUCCCAGAAGUCCAAUGACAAACCGAAUGGAGAGUCCAAGAUUGUGCCAGACAGAUCACAGUAAAAAAAAAAAGAAAGAAGUAAACUGGGUCCUUGUUCUCAACACUAACAGCAUACACUGCACUGAAAUGACAGGAUGUCAGUGUAAAAAAUCAGCAUUAACUUAAGUUUGACUUGACUUUUUUUCCCUCUUUUGGACUAUCGAUUGAAACACCAGCAAAGACAUUUCAGGAUUAUAUUUGUUUUCCUACUUAUUGGAAUGAUUCUGAUCUGCUGAACCUUGGCUGAGGGAUAAUGGAAACGAAUGCUCACUUUUAAAUGGAAUACUUUCUAGCACAUCUGAACAAGAACGAAGGAUGUUGAGCCAUCUCGAAUGGACAGCAACAUUAAAGAUAUUUUACUUUCCAAAUCCACAUUUACACCUCAAUGUGACAAUGAGGUAUGGUUUGGUUGAAUUUCCCUGAAAAAAAAGCUGUUACGGAAAAACAAUGUUAGUUAAAAAGGCAACCUUUGCCCUACAGGAAGAUGUACGUAAAUGUGUGGAAUCCCUCGGGGUCAGUGGAGCUCAUUGUUCAAUGUUUACUGGCUCCAGUUGCACUGCAUGGAUUGUGUUUAAUGUGUAUAUGAAUGUUCUGAAAUAUUGUUUGUACGGGUUGUCGUAACUUUCUCUUCUGAUUGCACUGGAAGGAACUAGCUUUUGAAGUACACCAAGACCUUCUCCUGUUACUAUUUAUGAUGAAGACCCCUGGGAAGCUAUAAUUAAUUGCUUUCCUUUAACCACUCACAGGAGAAUCGUUCAACAUCCAAUCACUAAUGCAACAAUGUAUUUCAUUUAAAUUACAGUAUUGUACACUGUUAUUAUACCAACUAGUUUUCAUUGUGGAAUCUGUAAAUUCAUGGCGGCAGACAGGAUACAGGUGAUUGUGAACAGGAUACAUGUGUUCUGCUAGGUACUUUUACUUCUCCAUGAUAGAAAACAGAGUUUGGGAUUUCCUGAUGUUGUUUAUUUAAAUACCAUGCAAUCAGCACAAAGGUCAGCCUGUCAGACAACAUGGUUAAAUCACAGACAAGCUACUAUUACAUAAAGGCACAGGGACCUUGUCGGAGAGCUUCAUGUAAAUGUUUUUAUUUAAUGAAUUGGUGCCAUGAUAAGGUCUUCUAUCCCUGCAUUCCUAUUUCUACAAAAAAAAA